UGUGUGUCUUUUCCACAGGGCGCUGGAUAGAGUCCCUCCUGGAAGGAGGGAAUGGUGGGACGGAGAGCAGCAGCAGGACUCUAGCUUGCAGGUGAGCAGGACACCAGUUCUUGUGCUUGCCGAAAAUGGCGUCAGCUGUGGGAUCAGCUGCUUCGGUGUCGUCGUCAGCCACAUCCAUUGCCAGAUCGCGGCAAGCAGUCAGCAAUGCGCAGUGCAACUUAUGCCACACCUGCCGCUCGUUCCCGCUGCACCCGCCCCGGGCCGUUGCCGAGAUCAGGAAACGACUGGUGACUGUGUCGGCAGCUCAGCAAGUACGACUGGUGAAAACCAGCCUCGACACAAGUUCUGCAGCCACAUUCUCUCUUUCCUCCACUCACUUGUUGACGCGACCUCAGAGACGGACUCCCUCUUGUUCCCGGGUCACGCAGCGCCGCCGAGCAUCAGCGUUAGUAGUGUGUGCCUCGGUCGAUGCAGCAACAGUAGCACGAGACGAAGUUAGCGACGAUUACAGGAGUCGACCGCCUCAGGAUGUACGAGUGCUAGUUGUCGGCGCCACCGGGUACAUUGGGAAGUACGUAGUACGCGAGCUUGUUUCCAGAGGGUUUUCUGUCAUCACAGUCGCCCGAGAACAAAGCGGGAUUGGCGGGAAAGCCGGUAAAGACCAAACGAAGGCGGAGCUCGCUGGCACUGAAGUGCGGUUUGGCAGCGUAACGGAUCCGGCUUCGCUUGCAGCAUCGCUAGGGGACUCGAAGGUGGACGUCGUGGUGUCUUGUCUUGCUAGUCGCAGGGGUGGCAAACGCGAUUCCUGGCUCAUCGAUUACGAGGCGACGAAGAACAGCAUGGAAGUAGGGAGAGCGAGGGGCGCCUCCCAUUUUGUUCUGCUCUCAGCCAUCUGUGUGCAGAAGCCUCUCCUAGAGUUCCAGCACGCGAAGCUCAAGUUUGAACAGGAGCUGAUGCAGCGCAAAGAUAUGACCUUCAGUAUUGUCCGGCCCACGGCUUUCUUCAAGAGCUUGGGUGGUCAGGUUGAGUCCGUCAAGGGCGGAGGUCCAUAUGUUAUGUUUGGCGAUGGGCAGCUAUGCGCAUGCAAGCCGAUAAGUGAGUCAGAUCUUGCGAAAUUCCUUGCGGAUUGCGUGAUGGAAGAAGACAAAGUGAAUAAGAUCCUGCCGAUCGGUGGGCCGGGGGAAGCCUUGACGCCUUUGCAGCAAGGCGAAAUGCUCUUUCGUCUGCUGGGGCAGAAACCGCGCUUCAUUCGUGUCCCUCUGGGGAUCAUGGACUUUGUCAUUUCGCUGCUAGACUCCCUUACCCGGUUUUUCCCUUCGCUUGAAGAUGCAGCAGAAUUUGGUCGGAUUGGCCGAUACUAUGCGUCUGAGAGCAUGCUGAUUUAUGACCCAAAGACAGGCAGAUACUCGUCUGAGGACACCCCCAGCUAUGGCACUGACACUCUGGAGGAAUUCUUCCGCAAAGUUAUUAAAGAUGGUAUGGCAGGACAGGAACUGGGAGAUCAAGCAUUCUUCUCGUAAUGACAAUUCAUCCCCAAGCCUACGAUUGAGAGUAUGAUACACCAACCACCCUUGGUUGGUGAACCUAGGCUAAAGAAUAGAAAUU